CUACGUUUACAGGUUAUGGUUAUCUCUGAAUACGUCCGGAAUCGGUAUGGGCGAUGCUAUCUCCUCGACCGUAUUAUAUGGUUGGUGUGCUGCGGCAAUAUCGCCGAGCCAAUCGGCAACUCCUUGGGACAGUUCAACCUUGUCUACGGGGCAAAGAGAGGGUGCAUCCCGACGUGCGUCAUCAAGGUGUACCACGCCGCGAGAUCGUUCGUCCUGCUCAACAACGACGGCGAGUACCGCAUCAUGAAAGGUAAGACUAUCCGAGUUCCAGACGAGGUGAAGAAGGCAAUAUGUCAGACGCUCAUGGCGAACAAGACGGAGUUGACUCAAGGUAAACCUCUGCCCAGGACAGCAAGCAUGCUGCAGCGAUACGGUCGGCACCCGACGGCGAUCGAGACCAUCGUCGUGUGGCACGUCGCGACGUGCCACCUUCAGAAGCUGGUGGAUGAGAGUCAGCGCAAGAGCUACGAGGUGGCCACCCGGCUGUCCAAGUACUGCGCCUACCUGUUGUUCUACAAGCCGAAGCUGCUGGGAUCGGUCGGCAACAACUCGGUGAGGUACACCUGCAAGACGUUGGUCCAAGAAGCAGCCGCCGCCAGGGGCAGCGGCAGCGGUAGCGGGGACGAUAAUAUGAUGAUGAGGAAAGGCAAGGCACUCGCGGACAAGCUCAAGGCCCGCGGCCGUGUGGAUUGGACGGAGCUGGCGGAGUUCUGGUCGGAGCUGCUGAUAUCGCUCGCGCCGUCCGGGAGCGUCAGCGCCCACGAGAAGGGGCUCGGCGACGGCGGCGAGUUCAUCACGCACCUCUGGGCGCUGCUGUACCACGCGGGGAUCGAUGACAAGUUCACCUGGUCGACUGCCACUGGCAGUACUGCCGGUGGCGACUCUGGCGGCACGGCGGACAAUUCUACGUUUCAGAAUGGCACGGCCAUCGUCGAACCGCACACGGUUAGCACAGCCUGAUCGAGGAUCGAGUUUGCUGGAGAAGGAUUGUUAGCUAUAUCACUUGGUGUGUGUGUGUUUCAGUUAGAUGGAUUCGAGUAUGCAGAUGUCAGGUGUUGUGUCUCAUGUAAGAGUGAGUGAAAAGGCUAAAUAUCCAUUUCCGUGCUAUGAAAAAACUGUGUUGUUCAUUUGAUUCAGUGGAAGUUCCUGCCAAAAGCUUAAUGCUGA